AACAACAGCAAAACAACAACAACAACAACAACGAUACGGCCAACCGGAUGUACGUUUGCAUUGUGGUAUCUGGUGGCUGGUGGUGCCGACGGAUUGUUUGAUUCGUCUGAAGUUUAAAGGUUAACGGAAACAGACGAUGAAAGGAACAAACCAACUUCCGGUGACUCUGUAUUAUAGGAUAGCAUAAUGUACAGGAUACAUAUGAAAAACUGAAAGCCACUUCUAAGAUACAGAAUUAUAAGGCACCGAACACGAGAAUAUCAAUAAAAAUUGAAGUAUAUUUAUACUAAGAUAAAUAUACAGAAAAAACAUUUCCCGCUCAUAUGUACUCGCAGACACAUAUCCAUACAAAGACACAAACACUGAAGUGCAAGAGACAUUUUGACUCUGAUUGAUGAGAGCCACAAAAAUCAAAGUCGGGCAUAUGAAGUAAAACCCAAUUGAUGUUUGCGCUCUUAAUUAUAAACACUUGCACUUAUACAUACUUAGUACCUCACAAAUAUUUGAUUAAUCCCUCUGAUAUCGAAGCGUUCAAGACUACCCAUAUUUCCAUAUUUUAAAGUGAUUUAAAUUUAAUUAAGAUUCCAUCAAAAUUUCAUGUGAAAUUAUGGUUCAGACACUAGUUUUAUGUUAUUUUAUGAAAUUCUUUGUAAUUUUCAAAAUCAUUUGAGACAAAGGCAGUUUAUUUUAAGAGAAAUAUGGUAUGAGAGAGACUGAAAGCUUACUAAAAGUUUGGCUCUGGUUUAUGAGAAAUAAAGCAACUGCGAAUAUAUCACACAAAAAGGUGCUGAUUUAGAUACACUUCAAGAAAUAUAGCCUGUACAAUACACUUAUCCCCACCCACCCAACACACAAACAGGAACAAAGAUCUAAACAUUCACUCAUAUAAAAAUUUCGCCAUUGAUUAACGAAAAAUCAACGAAAUUCAAAGCAGGCUAAGAAUUAGAGGUUAUCUGAAUAUCAGUCAACAAUGGCGAAGUUUAGCAGCUGUUUUGGUCGAUAUUGUUCAUAUCGAUGGAGGUUAUGUUAUAUAUGUUCUAUUGCAGUACUUCUCUUACAGAUAAUGAGGGUGAAUUUAAGUAUGGCCUUUGUUUGUAUGUUGAAGACACCAAACCGUACGGCUAACAACGUCAACAGUACUCAGAGUUCCCAACAGUGUUCUGGCCUUCUUACUCACAAUCACUCCUCACACGAAACAUACAAUGGAGAGUUCACCUGGAGCAACAAUCUUCAAGCGAACAUAUUGGCUGGUUAUUUCUACGGUUACAUUCUAACAAAUAUUCUUGGAGGCAUUUUAGCAGACAAAUAUGGCACUAGAAAUAUUCUAGGCUUUUCUCUUGUCUCAGCAUCUGUUCUGACUUUGCUUCAGCCGAGUUUAUCUCGAAUAAGUGGUUACUUUACGCUUGUCUUAAGGAUAUUAACUGGGUUAGUAUCUGGACCGAUGUUUCCAUCGAUACAGUCUUUAUUUGGUCGCUGGGCUCCACCUCUUGAAAGUAGCGCAUUGCUUGGUUUAAUAUUUUCUGGUCAACUCAUAGGUAGUAUUGUAUGCUUUUCAAUAUCGGGUUUCCUCUGUGUGUAUGGAUUUGACAAUGGGUGGGGGUCUAUAUUUUAUAUAUUUGGUGGAAUGUCGCUGUUGUUCAGUUCUGCUUGGUUCUACUUUGUUUAUGAUAGUCCAGAGCUCCAUCCUUCUCUUAGUCAAGAAGAACGCUCGUACUUGGACAAAACUGUAAUGUGUAAAAGUAAAGUUAAAAACAUACCCUGGAAAAACAUUUGGAGUUCUUCUGCUGUUUGGGCCAUCAUUGUGGCCCACACUUGCUAUAACUGGACUGAUCUUUCCCUUGCCUUAGUACUACCUCUCUACAUGAAAGAAGCCUUAAACGUCGAAACAAAAUCAAACGGUUUAAUGUCGUCUGCUCCUUGGAUAGGACAAGCCAUUUCCAUGCCUUUGUUAGGAAGACUUGCAGACUUUAUACGCUCAAAGAACUGUCUGUCAACUCGUUCGGUCCGAGUGCUUUUCCAAACUAUGUGUUUCAUUUUCUCAGCGAUUCUCUUCAGUUCUGUAGGAUUUCUGAAAUGUGACCAAGCUUCAUUGGUUGGUUUUCUCUUUCUUUUUUCUGGUGUCAUGUUGUCUCUCUAUAUAGGCGGUUUUAAUGUGAACCACGUUGACAUUGCUCCGAAAUACGCUGGUGUAUUGUAUGGUAUUACGAAUACAUUUAGUUCCCUACCAGGAUUUGUGGCUCCAAUAACAGCUAGAGAACUUACACCGAAUGGAACACAAAAAGAGUGGCAAAUUGUGUUAUCCUUAUGUGCAGGGUUUUCUGUUUUAGGGGCAAUAGUAUAUGCGAUUAUGGCGAAAGGGGAAAUUCAAGAGUGGGCCAAGUACGAUGAUAGUUCUAUACAUGAAAGAGAAUCUUUGAAUUUAAAAGAGAGAAGAGCAACUAACGGAGAUUGUGAAAAGAUUUAGUGUGUUAUCUAGUCGCAAGAAUUAUUGUGGACGCUAGAUGUCACUCAUGUUCUCAACAGCUUUUUUCUUGGAAAUGAAGAUAUGUCGUACGACUUCUCGUCGUGCUGUUAUGUCUGAACUAUUAUAAUAUCAAACGUUCCUAAUGUUCUCUUAUUACUCUCCAACAGUGCAUCUUCAAGAAGAACUCCACGAUAUCUCUAUUAAAUAAUUCUUAUGACCUGUACACUAUGACUGCGCAUAUGACACUCUGCUCAGACUGUUAUGCGCAUGCUCAUUUAUACUAACUAGUGUAGUUUACUUAGCCAAUCACGGGUGUGUACAGAUUCCCCAUACAACACCUCUCCCCUUUGAGAUUGGCUUUCCCUUUAUUUUCUUAAUUUUUUUAUUACUUCCAUGGGGAGAAAUCGGCAUAUUUUUUCUCGUUUAGAAACAAUCUCUAACAUCUCCGUCCGCUUUCUCUUUCUAGUUGAGUUGCGCACUGGUUCAACCAUUUCCUGCCGCUCCGGAAUAUCAAAUAGAUCAUAUAGUAUUUCAAUAAGCUUUUCCAUCCCUCUGUUUAUCUCUUUUUCUUUUAUUUGAUUUACAUUCUCUUAUGCUCACAUGUCUGCCCUUUCACCAUAUAUACCACUCUACCAAGACGUUUGGUUAUUCUUCCUUGCUCCCAACUUUGUUUUCCAUAUUUGUACAUUUUAAAAAGUACUGCAUUCCUAUAUUGAAAUAUUUUGUAUUAUUAACUGUAUUUUUCUGUAUUCUUUGUUUCUUUCCUGGUAACAGUUUAUAAAAUACUGGUCGUACCUUUCUGGCGAGCAUUAAUUCAGCGGGUGACGUACCCGACUCUGUGUUGGGGUUUGGGGUUUUUCUAUAGACGCGUAAAACUUAUAUCCACUAAUGAUUCGUUUCUGGUCUUUCUCAACGCUUUCUUAAACGUAUCCACGAAACUCUCCGCAAGUCCAUUUAACCUCGGAUGAUAUGGUGGGGUAGUGACAUGUUCCAUUUGAUGCAUCUUUGAACUCUUUUGCUGUAAAUUGCGCGCCAUUAUCCGACACAAUAGUGUCCAACACACUAAAACGUGCAAAUAUUUCAUCCAAAAUUUCAAUAGUUAUUUUCGUAGUUUUCUGCACUUACAAAUUUCAGGCCAUUUUGAGCCGUCAUCCUUGCAAUUCCAGGAUAUCCUACAUGAUAUUCUGUUAGCAUUCUAUUUUGUUGUACAACAGGUACCACAACCCUCUGAACGUAAAACAAUACAUUGUCACACAUCGAAUAAUAUUUCAAACCCGUGUUGCGCUCAUCGACAUAAUUGUUUGUAUUACACCAAUAUUCUCAAGUCUUUUCAAUUCUUUGCUACUUGAUUCAACGCCGCAAAAGUCACAGCUCUCUUUGGUUUAAAAACCACAUUUUCUUUUAGCUGGAAUUUCACUUUUAUUUUCGUACGUGAACCAAGUUCUCCCAAUAAAACAUCAGGAUAUAUUUUCUUUUAAUUUCAUUUUUAACUUGUCAGAUGCCUUGUCCGAACUGGCGUGCGACGCAUUCACAUUAUUACAGAAAGUAGUUAUGGGCAAAUCCCACAAAGUAAAUGUCUCCAUCCCUCUGUACCAAACAGGUUCAUGGUAUUUUCUGAUAUGUAGUCUUUCGUUUUCAGCGUCUUCCUAUGAAAUGUUACAGCUGGCGUUAAUUCACCCAAGAAUCGAACUUGUUGUCCAGAGAUUCCAUGUACUUAUUUGCUUUGUUUGCUUGAACGUAGGUCUUCCAAUUUUCUUCCAAGUUUCUUUAUCGCUCAAUAUUGCGACCGUUUAUGCACCGUUUUGCCACGAGCAAAACAUUCUUUAUUCCUAAAGGGGCAGUCCCCUUUGAAGUGCAGCUCGCCGCAACCAUAACACGGUUUGGGCCUUGUAUAUAUUAUUUUUUUGUUUGUCAUAAGUUAAAAUACCUGUACAUUUAUAUUAUUAUUUUCAAUUUUUUCAGCAUCCUGCCGUAGGUUAAUAGUACUUUGACAUUCUUCUACCACUUUUUGCAAGGUUAAUUCAGUGUCUUGUGUCAGUUUCAUUAAUAUUUCUGCAUCCUCUAUUUCUGCAUCCUCACUUGCAAUUAAAUCCUUUGACAAAUAUCAAACAUUUAAACAUAUCUGGGGACCACUCUCCUAACUUGAAUAUUUCGCACGCUCUGUUUACAAUUCCUGCAUAUAUAAUAAAGUCAUUCUUUUCAUUUUUUUUCUUCCAAUUCAGGCAUUCCCAACGCAUGUCGCAUGUUCAAUAGCGAGUUCUUUUCACUGAAUAUAUCAGUUAAUAUUUUAAUUGUUUCUUCAAAACAAAUUUCUGGCGGUUUUUUUGGUAGAAUAAAGUUGCAGUAUUUCUCGUGCUCUGACGGAGCUAGUUUACGCAAAAGAAGUCUUAUCUUCUUUUCAUUUGUCCAACCUUUGCACUCUUCUGUGAAUACCGUCACGGUCCAGUUAGCAUAAAAAAAAACCUCCACUAGAAAUUGGCGCAUAUGUCACUCUUCUCACACUGUUCUGCGCAUGCUCAUUUAUACUAAUCAAUACAGUUCACUUAGCCAAUCACGUGAAUGUACAGAUUCCCAAUACAACACAAUAAAAUUAUUAAUAAACAAUAAAA